UACACAACUUGUCUCCAUACAUCAUCAUCCUUCUCAUUUCAUCUCCGUCUCUGCAGAUAACUCUCUCUCUCGCCGGAUUUUUCAUUUCACCUGCAGAGCUCACGAUCUUAUUCAAUGGCGUCGAGAAACUCCGUAGCCGGAUUCGCGUUAUUCACAUUCGUAUUCGCCGUCUUCUCGUCUCUCGCCGGCGCUCAAACCCUAGCUCCCGCUCCUGCUCCCACCAGUGAUGGGACAUCGAUAGAUCAAGGGAUAGCGUAUUUGCUAAUGGUGGUGGCGCUCGUGCUCACUUACCUAAUCCAUCCUCUCGAUGCAUCUUCUUCCCUCAGCUUCUUCUGAUUUUUUUUUUUAGUUUCAUUUUGAGCUAUUUUUGUGGAUAACAAACAGUCUCUAAGAAGAGUCUCUCAUGAUUUGCGCUUCUUCUGUCUUGAUUAUUAUGAUGAUGAUUCCUGGGGAUUGAACCUCUCUCUCUAUUGUUUUCCAUCAAUCAUAUUGUUUGUUUGUUUAUAAUCUUUUAUAUUUAAUUUAUUCUUAUUCAUAUA